UUCUUUUUUUUGUUGGUUUUGAAGAAUCAUCACCCACCGCCUCCAUGAGAGGGCUGAAGGAAGCACUGAUUUGUCUUCGGUUGCCGGCGCUCUGAUGGGAGGCAGUGCCGGCUCUGGCUGGGACUGGGGAUGCUGAGCGGGGGGAGGGAGGGCCUGUUUGAGCUGGGACAGCAGCUCCAGCAGCAGGGGGAGUACCAGGCCGCCUUACACUGCUUCCUCAGCUGCCUGCUGGGACUGACACAUGUGCAGAGCUUCACCUCUCUGCCCAUCUGCCUUCACCAGAUUGCAGAACUUUUUAUCACGGAAAAAAACUAUGGGAAGGCCCUCCAGUUCAUCCAGGCUGAAAAAAUGUUCUACGAGGUGGCACUGAUCGAGCUCACAGCGCUACACGGGAGAACAGAGCCCCAGGAGGAGCCUCUGCUGGGUUCUGCAGGAUGGGCGACCCCAGAGGAGCUCUCAGAGCAGGCCUCCCAGGCUCAGCACCUCGAGCGGCUGGCCCAGCUGUGCAUCAUGAGCAAACAGCCUCAUCUUGCGCUAGAGUACAGUGGUAAGGCUACGAAGAUCCACCAAAAGACCUUUGGUAAUGACCAUCCGAUUACUGCCAGAAGCCUGGAGCUCAUGGCCACAGUCUAUGCUGAGAUUGGCAAGACUGAAUAUUCAGACUCUUUAGGUCAGUGUGUGUCUGCGCUGUCCAAACGCUUUGCUGCUGCUGAGUCUAUCAGAGACACGGUCAAAAGCCUUCCUCAUUCUCAUCGGGAGAAACACUCCGAGGUUCGCCAUAGAAAGGACACUCGCCAACAACAGGAGGAUGAGCCAAAAGCCAAGUUACCCAAUAGAAUAAUCCCCACAUCCAUCCUCAAGAGGCCAAGCCCCAGUUAUGGGUUGGACACAGAACACAGACGGACAGGUGAACGGAGGGUCCGAUUCCGGGAGCCGGAGACCACGGUACAUGACUAUGAGGUGACGCCAUCCCGCCCCCACCUGGCUUUGUUCACCUGCCUCUUCCUGAUGAUGUCCUUCCUGGGCGUGGCCAUGUUUUGCACCGACCGGCGGCGACCGCAGCCGGCAUGCGAGGAGCUGGUGGCGUCACUGGCUGUGUAUCUGUUGCACAUGAAGCAACUUGUGUGGGGCUGUUGGUUAUGGCUGACCAUGCAGUGAUGGACACCAGCCACAGGCGGGACAUAAACACUCAAUAGCCACAUGAUUGGAAAGGUUCAAGUCCAUAUUAUUGUUUAUAUUUCCAGUAAGGAGUUAGAAGCGGUUGAAAAUGGAGGGAUGGAGUUGGAUUGUUCACUUCGAUGAGAACAUUACAAAAUAAAAUCCUCAUAAUGUUCAAGACUGAAAUGGGGCCACAAAGAAAAUCUUGCCAAGGGUCACAAAAAGCCUAGUGGUGAAAUACUGGGUGCAUAUUUGGUGAUGGACAUGUCUUACAUUAAAACAUGGAGCUUCUUUUACCUUUUGAAUAUGUGCACCGUGCAUUGAUGGGCAGUUUUGCACAUUUGCACUCACAUAUCCCUUGCUUGAUUUGAUUCAUCAUCACUGUCGACAGCAUGUGAUUGACAAUGAAUGCAAAUAAUUAUUUUGGUACAACAGAUAACUUGAGUAUACGCUGUCAAACCUUUUUGACCUAAUCUGUGUGCACUUAGAUCAUUCAAGGAUAUUACUUUUAGACACAUUUGCGCGAUCCAAUACAAGAGCUGUAUCAAAAGUUGGGUUUUUAUUGACACUUUCAGAGAUUAUGGCAAUAACGCAGCAUUAAUAAAAGUAUACAUAAGUACGUAUUUUACUGUGUCAAUCAAAGAUUUGCCUUAUAACAGUACGGAAGGGAUUUAAAUGGCCUCAGCCCUGGGUGGCUCUCGUGUGAGAGGAAGGGGGUGGGUUAAUAAUUUGCUAAAAAUGAUGGAAAGCGCCUCUCUAUAGGGAAACUGACGAUGUGGUCAAAGUUGGAAUUGCCGAAAACACAUUUAAAGAUAUUCAACACCACUGCCAUCUGGCGGCACCUACAAUCCGUCACUUUUCAUGCCUCAGAUAAACCGCGACGAAUGGGGCCAUAUGAAUCCCCUUCCUACUGUAUCUUCUUUGUAAAGGCAGAAUCUUUGUAAGAGCACAUGUGUUGGAUCUGAUUAAAUUGUACAGAUGUAUUUGAUAUGUAGAGUGUGUUUGGCAGCUGUAAUACAGUACAUGCCAAAUGAGAAGGAGGAUGUCUGUAUAUGGCUUGCUUUUUGUCACAUUGCGCAGCUCAUGGAUGACAACCCCUGGAAACAGUAGUGGUUCCAGCUUUAAUGACGCCCUUUGUGCUGGACCCUUUUGCAAUAUAAUAAGGAUGGAAUUUUCCUUGAUACAAUAUACCGGUACUUUUUUUGACCAUGUAAUGAACAUGAGGCCCAGCAGGUAAACUUACAUCCUGCCUGUAAAGUGCCCCCAUCUGACACACACAUCCUGCCUUAAGAUGUUUUGAAUCUACAUUUAAAAGACUUCUUUGUGGUCCAGAUUAGAUAUGCUUUGGUGUACAUUUUGUAUAACCUGUUUUUUGAGUGCGUCUGCAAGAUGUUCAAUUCUGGAUGCGUUCCCAGAUUGCAAAUUAAACCACGCACCACUUUCUCCAAAAAUAUCGUAAUGUAUCUUUUGAAAAUGUACACUGUUUAAAAAUAUACCUCGAAGUUGUCACCAUUUUUUUCAAGACACGGUCGAAAAUAAACUUCAUAAACAUUACAUAGCUUUAUCAGGUCACAAAAUUAGGUUCACCUGCACAAUCGUCGCUCAAUUAAGACUGCACAAAUAACGCUGCUUUUUACCAGCAUUUAUGUCACCGCCUGUCCCACGUCGGCGUUAUUGUGCAGACGCCAAGAUUAGAUGAGAAUAAUACUUUAUCCGUCCUUUUUUUCUGUUUUCUCAAAGCCAGUAUCCAAAUAAGUAUGUCCACCUCCCUCUGGUUUCACAACAUAGUCAAGCAGCAAAAGAUGAAACUCAUCAUAGGCCAUCUUUAUGCGCAAAUAAACAUGAUUAUAUUCCUCUUCUUUUUUUUAACCCCUUCAUUCUUGUGGCACCACCUAAAGCUGUGUUUCUUAGCCAUAGGGCCUGGGCCCAUUGUUGGGCCGUGAGCAACCCCUAGAGUGCAGCCAAAAGAUAGAUCUCUUUCUCAGCUGUGGUCUGUAUGGGCUGCAGCGGCGCUCAGUUGUAAUACUCUUUUCCACCACCUGUGGCAGUAACGACAAUCUCAAACCAACAGAAGAAAUAUUAGCUAAAGUCAUAGAGAAGUUUCUUAAGUGAAAAAAUGAUGGCUAAAGUUGUGAAGCUGUAUAUAUAUUUGCAUUUUAAUGUUAUUAACAGUUUAAUUGAGACAAGGGGAACUGCACUUUUUUGGAAUUGUCCCUAUCGUUCACAAUCAUGAGAGACAAGAAGACAAACGUUUUGUAUGGCAGUCUUAACAUGUAAAAAUUGUCUCGUUCUAGGUAACUAGCAAUGCAGCUAAAAGGAGCACUCAAUUCUACCUCUGAAUCACUUUAAAAACGUAUUUAAAAACUGUCAACAAUACUUCAUUUACGUUCCGUAACCUGUAUAAUAACCAAGCUGUAGCAACAUUGUUAUUGUAUAAGCUAGCUUCUACAACAACACAAAACGCCUUUGAGUUUGUAAUGCACAACACUGCGAUAUGACAACAAUUUGUACUGACUGAAAAACAUGAACAAUCAUAUUACAGUAUCUGUAAAGUAUUAGUCCACAUUUCAUGUUUUGUUUGUACACAGCUAGCCACAUAGUGUAUGCUGUCUGUCAUGAUACACACGACGUGCUGCAUGUAUCAUGAUCAAUAUAAAGUGUCACACACUCGAUGGACAGUUGUCUAUUUGGUCCAGCUGGCCGGGGACCUUUUUUCAUUUAUCCAAAUUCCACAUUUGCAGCUUUGUGUCGCUGUCAUCUCACUCUGUCAGCUUCCGUCUGCUCCCAACGUUUCACCCUCUUCUUCUAGAAGCAGCAGUUCAUUCUUCGUUCAUUCAGGUUCAAAAAGAAAAGGUUGCGAAUCCUCAUUUGUCAAGCGUUUGUUUCCGAAAGUAGGAACACACAUUUGUUGCCGGAAGUUGGAAAACAAUGCACGGAAGAUUCAAAUGACCAAAAUAUGGUAAAUAUUGAACAUAUUACAUCUUGUUAUGACAGGUCUGUUACUACAUUAUAUCUGGUGGCUGUUUACACACUGCAGCUCCUCCUGGAAGAAAGUCAAAGGUUUUGAAGUUGUUUUAGGGGGCUUCAAAGGCUACAACGCUCACUCCCAUUAGCCGCAUCUUCCGAGCAUUUUUAAUCCUCUUUAAAAUCCUAAUGAAAAAAAAGACGUGUUCUUGUCUCUCAUAAUGAUUGUGAACGAUAGGCAAAAUUCCAAAAAAGUGAAGUUCCCCUUUAAGAAACAUUUAUUAUUCAUUUAGUUAAAAUGUACUAAUUUUAGCACUGCGUCAUUUUAUGUAAAUAUAUGUGUCAUCCGUUUUUAUAAGUCCCUUCUUUUGCAGUAUAUUUGAUUAAUAUUUUGUAAUCAACCAGACCUCAGCCUUGAUAAUAAUCUGUGAUUAUAGAAUUUGACAACGUCGACCCCGAAAGGGACAAGCGGUAGAAAAUGGAUGGAUGGAUAUCCUGUUAAACUAUAAGUAGGUUAGAUGUACUGUAUAUAACUAUUGAAUACGAUUAAAUCAAGAGUUAAGAUUACCAAUUCAGUGUUAAUAAUUGAGUGGGCCCCGGGCCUCCUUGUAAAGUUAAAGUUAAAGUACCACUGAUAGUCACACACACACUAGGUGUGGGGAACGCUGCCUCUGCAUUUGACCUAUCCCCUUGUUCACACCCUGGGAGGUGAGGGGAGCAGUGAGCAGCAGCGUGUGCCGCGCUCGGGAAUCAUUUGGUGAUUUAACCCCCAAUUCCAACCCUUGAUGCUGAGUGCCAAGUAGGGAGGUGAUGGGUCACAUUUUUAUAGUCUUUGGUAUGACUCGGCCGGGGUUUGAACUCACGACCUACCGAUCUCAGGGAGCACACUCUAACCACAAGGCCACUGAGCAGGACAAAUAAUGUAGUGGAAAAGUUGGGCGCCGAGGUCAAAAAGAUUAAGAACGCAUGACCUAAAGAAUGCUGCCCUGGAUUAUUGCCCAAGUGGGCUAUAUAACUGGAACUACUACUGCCUGUGAACAAAACCCCCCAAAAGCUGUUCAAGUUUCUAAUUUUUGAGCUUAUCUUCCACAUUUUCUUCUAAAAAGCAUUGUGCAUGUCAGACGAGUCACUUGGAGGCCAAACAAACAACAAACAGAACAUGUUGUGAUGUGAGUCCCCUCGAUGAUUCAAAUCUCCACAUACCAUGUGGAGAUUACCCCUUGAAGGGGUAAUCUCUAUACUGGGUACAUCUCAUUAUGAGCAAUACCACAAGGUAAUUACUAUGAGUGCUUCAUGUAAUGGGUUUCAACUGAGGAACUUAAUGGAACGCGGAGGAUUUUUAAAGUCACCAAUUUAAAAUGCUUUGUAAAAAAGACCAGUCAUAUACAGACUUAGCUUAGCUGCAUUUCACGUAUGGCCACUUUGUAUGAAGAGCCUUUUUCCUGCGAUUUCAAUUGUUUUGAAUAAAACUGUCCUCAAGCAGGAAGAGACUUGACCUCUGAUGAUGCAUGCAGGCUGUUUUUCUGCUUUUUAAUGGCAUACGGUAU